UCUCAGGGACAAAAUCGAUGACCGUAGUGUAUGCCUACAUUGUAAAGAUGGCGUCUCGAGAAAAAUUGCUAGUUGAAAGAGCGGAACGCGUUGUAUAGGUUCAUUUGGAGUCGCCGGAGUCACUUCCUUUUGGUACAUCCACGUUUUUGAUCGUUAGCACAUCAUCAUGCCACCAAAAAAAUCAAUGGAAGAAACGGAUCGUUUGACUCGUAUUGCAAUUGUAAAUUCUGACAAGUGUAAACCUAAACGGUGUAGACAAGAAUGCAAAAGAUCUUGUCCUGUAGUACGAAUGGGAAAACUUUGUAUCGAAGUUACUCCAAACAGUAAAAUAGCUGCCAUCUCAGAGGAACUAUGUAUUGGAUGUGGUAUCUGUGUCAAGAAAUGUCCAUUUGAAGCGAUAUCUAUUAUUAAUCUUCCCAGUAAUUUAGAAAAGGAAACAACACAUCGUUAUUCUAAAAACUCAUUUAAAUUACAUAGACUUCCUAUUCCUCGUCCAGGUGAAGUUCUUGGACUUGUAGGAACUAAUGGGAUUGGUAAAUCAACUGCUCUUAAAAUUUUAGCUGGCAAGCAAAAACCAAACCUGGGCAGAUAUUCUGAUCCACCAGAUUGGACAGAAAUUUUGAGUCAUUUCAGAGGUAGCGAGUUGCAGAAUUAUUUCACCAAAAUUUUGGAAGAUGAUCUAAAAGCACUUAUUAAACCUCAAUAUGUUGAUCAAAUUCCUAAAGCCGUGAAAGGUACUGUGCAGCAGCUAUUAGAUAAAAAAGAUGAAUGCAAGAAUCAGAUGGAAAUUUGCGCAAUGCUUGAUUUGCUGCAUAUACGCGAUCGAGGUAUUGAAGCACUUUCUGGUGGAGAGCUUCAGCGAUUUGCUUGUGCAAUGGUAUGUAUUCAGAAUGGAGAUAUUUUCAUGUUCGAUGAGCCUUCCUCUUAUCUAGAUGUCAAACAGCGUCUUAAUGCCGCUGUGACUAUUAGAUCUCUGAUUCAUCCAGACAAGUUUAUAAUAGUAGUGGAGCACGAUUUAUCAGUUUUGGACUAUUUGUCUGACUUUAUUUGUUGCCUGUAUGGCGUUCCUGGAGCAUAUGGUGUUGUUACCAUGCCUUUUUCUGUAAGAGAAGGAAUAAACAUUUUCCUUGAUGGAUUUGUUCCCACGGAAAAUUUACGAUUUCGUGAAGAAUCUCUUGUGUUCAAAGUGGCAGAAAGUGCAACUGAAGAAGAAGUGAAACGCAUGAAUCACUACGAGUAUCCUGCUAUGGUGAAAACAAUGGGAACUUUUCAUUUAAAUGUCGAGAAAGGACAAUUUACUGAUUCUGAGAUACUUGUUUUACUAGGAGAAAAUGGGACUGGUAAAACAACGUUUAUCAGAAUGUUGGCUGGCAACUUACCUCCGGAUGAUGGAUCAGAAAGUAUCCCUCAACUUCACAUCAGUUAUAAACCACAAAAGAUAAGCCCAAAAUCCCAAGGUAUUGUCAGACAGCUGUUACAUGAGAAAGUUCGAGACGCAUACGUGCAUCCUCAAUUUGUUACUGACGUAAUGAAGCCUUUAAAGAUCGAUGAUAUCAUGGAUCAAGAAGUGCAGAAUCUUUCUGGUGGAGAGUUACAGCGAGUUGCUCUGGCCCUUUGUCUGGGAAAACCAGCUGAUGUUUACCUAAUCGACGAGCCAUCCGCGUAUUUGGAUUCCGAACAACGUUUGGUUGCUGCAAAAGUCAUCAAAAGAUUUAUAUUACAUGCAAAGAAAACAGGAUUUGUAGUGGAACACGAUUUUAUCAUGGCUACAUACUUGUCUGAUCGUGUAAUAGUGUUUUCUGGUACACCAUCUUUAUCAACUACCGCUCAUAGCCCUCAAUCUUUGUUAAAUGGUAUGAAUAGAUUUUUGGAACUAUUGGGUAUCACUUUCAGAAGAGAUCCCAACAAUUUUCGACCUCGGAUCAAUAAAAGUCAAUCGGUAAAGGACUUGGAGCAGAAAAGAGCUGGCCAAUAUUUCUUUUUGGAAGAGUAAAAUACACAGUGUCAUCAUGAUGCAAGUUGAAUGAUGGCAUAUGUGAAGUAUUGUUAAGGAAAUUUUUUAAUCUUUAUAUACUUUUUAAAUGCCAGGAAUAUAUCAACGUAUGAUGUAUUUCGUAUUAUAAUAAUGCUAUAUGUUCCAUGUGAUUAUUUGGAAAAUAUUAUUUAAUAGAAAUACUUUAGCAAGGGAAAUAA